GAUUCGACGCGUUUGUUUCUUCAAUACAACAUCCAUGGCAGCAAACCCAAUUGCUUUACUCGCGCAGGGCCCCAACCAUCAGUACGGACGGAUAGGUCUCCCUCAAAAUCCUCCCCAGAAUCCUCCUACACCGGCUGAGGUAAUUGAAGCUGUCCGUCUUGCCAAUCGUGCUCUGAGGUAUCGUGAUGAUGCUGCCCCACCUACAUCCAAUGAAUAUGUCAGUGAUGAAGCAGUUGCUGCAUGUUUUUGUUAUAAAGAGGCUGUGAUAAAGUCAGGAACUGGUGUUGCGGGUGCACCGCUUUGGUUCCAACAAUGGAACCAAGCCAAUUUUGUUCCUUUAGUGAACGAUGUCAACAACAUCAAGGACGAUGUCAACAACAUCAAGGACAAUGUCAACAACAUCAAGGACGAUGUCAACAACAUCAAGGACGAUGUCAACAACAUCAAGGACGAUGUCAACAACAUCAAGGAAAAUGUCAACACCAUCAAGGACGAUGUCAACACCCUCAAGGAUGAUGUCAGCACCAUCAAGGAUAGUGUGAAUACUUUGAGGUUGGAUACAUCGACGCUUCUAAUUCGGGAUGGGAAGGACUGUAAUGGACAGCGGAAUGUGAACAAUAGUGGUCCUUUCUAUGAGAUUCCCUUUUCAGAUGGUAGGAAGCCAUGGGGCCUUAGCGUUGACAGACCAGGACAUCCAAAUGUGAUCCUCCCAAGACUCGAUAAUCAGGCAUCGAUUGACAAUCUCACGUAUGACCAAUCAUAUGCCUAUUUUGCUGGGUAUUACCCAAAUAUGCCAGUUUUGAAUACUGGGCCUAAUACCCUCCGUGACUGGAAGCUUGCUAUAGCUCGUGUGAUUGGACAUGUAGCUUGACUGACUGUAUUAUCCAGAAAGUUCCGAGUUCUGAAAUUGUAAUGUGCGUUGUACUAUAGAUACAGAUAAUGAUGUCGUUUAGUUAAAUGCAUAUAGUCACAUUAUAUAGAGCCUUUUCUGGCUUUUAGAUGCCU